UUUCAUUGAGACUCCCGAUAUGAAAGAACGCUAUAAAAAUCUAAAAUUUAAAUUCGCGUCCUUAGUAAAAAUUAACCUAUAUGAAGACUCAAAAAAAAAUAUUCAAAUAUAACAUUGAGGUUUUUUCACACAGAAGUAAGCUAAUAAAGUUCAAAGUUGUCAAAGUGAAUCGCAUUCAAAAAAAUCUUUUGCAAACCGAAUCUUCAUUCAGAACUUCUGUAUUUAUAAAACCUCAAAAAGUUUUUAUAAAAAGCUGAGAGAUGCCCUCCAGUCAUGGCUUACUGAGUGCUGGUGAAACAAUAAGACUGAACGAACCGACUCCACCUGGAAGUAUAUGCAAAGAUAUAGAUCGCAGUAACAGCGAACCAUACAUCAAACUCAAAUGGUAUGUAAAGGUUUGGAAACGAGAUAAAUUGAUGAUCUUUAUUAUUGUUGGUGUUUUGUUGGGCUUUUUGGUUGGUCUUACGUGUAAUAAAUCAAUUCAAAAUCUUGAGGAACCUAAAAAAUCUACACUUCUUACUUUUCUUGGUUUUCCAGGUGAAAUUUUAAUGCGAAUGUUAAAGAUGCUUAUUCUCCCUCUUAUCGUUUCCAGUCUUAUUGUUGGGCUCGCUGAUCUAGAUCAAAAGGCGUCUGGAAAAAUUGGUAGACGAGCCAUUAUCUAUUAUAUGGUGACUACAUUAAUAGCAGUCUUUUUAGGCAUUACACUGGUGGCUUUAAUUAAACCUGGUAUUGGAGUUGCGAGUUCUUCAGCAAAAAGUAAUAAAGACGUUCGCGCGCUAGACUCAUUUCUAGACCUAAUUCGAAAUUGUUUUCCUGAAAAUCUCGUUCAAGCAACUUUUCAGCAGUUUCAAACCAAUGUAAAAGUAAUCAAAGUAGACUUAAAAAGGCAUGAAGUAAAUUUUUCUGCACCAAAAAAUUUAACUGAUUAUCUAAGAAAAACUUACGAGUUUAAAACAUCGGAAGUUAACGGUACCAAUAUAACUUAUUACGAAACGUGGAGAGAUAUUAAAAUUGCUGGUAGUGGUAAUUUUUCUCCAGGAACAAACAUUCUUGGCCUAGUUGUUUUUUCUAUAGCUGUAGGUAUAGUUUUGGGAAAUAUGGAAACUCGGGCAGAGGCGUUUGUUUCUUGGAUGGCAACAUUAAAUGAUGUUAUUAUGCAACUAGUUACCGUGGUAAUGUGGUAUUCACCUGUCGGAAUUUGCAGCUUAGUUGCUGUUAAGUUUUCCGAAAUGAACAAUAUUAGUGGAACAUUUGAAAGUUUAGGCAUGUACAUGGCUACUGUAAUAGUUGGAUUAGUUAUUCACUCAUUUUUUAUAUUGCCUACAAUAUAUCUUAUGGUAACAAGAGAAAACCCUCUUACAUUUGUAAAAGGUGUGCUACAGGCAUUGAUUACAGCAUUUGGAACAAGCUCCAGCUCAGCGACAUUACCUGUAACUUUUAAAUGUCUUGAAGAAAAUAACAAAAUAGAUAAAAGAAUUACGCGUUUUGUACUGCCAGUUGGUGCAACAGUAAACAUGGAUGGUACGGCGCUUUACGAAGCUGUUGCUGCCAUUUUUAUUGCACAAGCUGCCGGCUUAGAACUAAGUAUUGGACAAUAUAUUGCUGUAAGCGUGACUGCAACUUUAGCAUCAAUAGGAGCAGCAGGAAUUCCACAAGCAGGUCUCGUCACAAUGAUGGUAGUUCUUCAAACUCUUGGUUUACCAGAAGACUCAGUCACUCUAAUAUUUGCAGUCGAUUGGUUCCUAGACAGAUUGAGAACAACAGUUAACGUUUUGGGCGACGCUUUCGGUGCCGGUAUUGUUGCUCACCUGUCACGCGCAGAUUUAAGCGAGUCAACAGAAGCUACAUACCAAAGCGACAGAAGUGUUGCUGUUUAACAAUCGUUUAGUUGUAUAAACUAUAUACGAAUUUUGUAUAGAAUUUAUUUUGUAAAUAGUUUACGACAAAAUAGUUUAAUAUAAUAAUUCCGCAUUUUUCUAGUUAACUUUAUGCUAUUUUUUCAAUAUUUUGCCAAUCUUUAUAUAAUCUAUAUUCCUUAUAAAAUUUAUUUUGAAAAAUUAAUAAUUUUUAUUUGUAGCUUUCUACUACAAGUGAUUUUAAAUUACUAAUUAAACUGUAUUUUCUGUGAGAAAAAAAAAAUUAAAACGAUUGAAUAUAAUAUAAUUUAAUAAACAACAAUAUAAAUUGACAAAUUAAUAAAAAUAUUGAUAAAAAAAACAUAAAAAACUUGAAUUUUGAAAAACGGUUAUUUUAUACAACGUUUUUCCUUGUAAUUUUUAGCAAAAAGUUUUGCUGGAGACUACUUUAUUUGAUUUUAAUAAAUUUAUGUAUAUAAAUCUUUAUAUAAUUUGUUAAAAGAUUUUUAACUUUUUUGAUAUGUCAAGAUGAAGUUUGAGUAUCCGUUUAUGAAUUAAACUUAUUUUUAGAUGUGUUUUCCUUACUGUUACGAUUUUCUCAAUAAAAAGGUGUAUUUUCUCUUCUAUUGCCUUUAUCAACAUUUUAUAAUAUGAAUCACUCUUGUCUAUUGCGAAUUUAAAAAGUUUACGUUUGAAAAAUUUUAUGAGCCAUAUAAAAAAAUCAACAGAACUUCUCGAAAUAAAAAGCUAUGGUAUCUUUACUUUAAACGGGUUUGAUAUAUAAAUGUAUGACAAAAUGCUUAAAUUUAGUUUAUAUAGUUUGUAAAUAUUAUAAAUAUUAUAACGAUGUGUUAAAAUGUUGUGUAAAUUUUUUUUUUGAUGUCGUUAAGCAGCUUAAAAACGGCGUUGUUUUUUCCAAGAACAAAAAAAGAACAAA